CACCGCCAGAAGAAAAGGCACCCAUUCCUCCCCCUCUUCUACCUCCCAUCCUUCGCUCUGGAGCUGCCUUCAUUGCAGUCACGCCCCUUCCUUCCGAGGAGCUUUCGGGCUGCGUUCGCUGGUAGACCCCUGCAUUACUCCUCCAUCUCCGUUCUCUUUCGUCUCUUCUCUUAGUUCUCAUCGCCUUCCCCCACCACCACCACCUCCAGCCUAUCUCGCCUCCCACUAUCCGCUGCUCCACCCUCCGGCCCGGUAUCCUGCCUGCCCGUCCACUGCCACCAAGGAGAGACCCAAGGGAGCUGCGAGGUGGGGAGUAGCCGGGACCUGCGGCUUCCUCCCUACCCAUCCCUGGCCUCUGGCCUGGGACCUAAGCCACUUGAGCCAGCGAAGAGAGUGGUCACCUUGUCUUCACUGCCUUCGGGGCUGCUGAGAAGGCUACCAGAAGCGCAAGAACCGUUGACUCUUUAGAAGGAAAGCUGAGAAACUAAAGAGUGACCAGUGGUUGGACUCUUGCCGGCGCUUACCCUGAACCUGAGUGUUAGGGGAGAGGGAGUCUGCUGCUGCGGUUUCUGGAGCUGCUCAUAAGCAAGAGUUCCCUAUCCUGAUCAAGGCUUUAAGCCUAAAAGAAAGCAGAAAUAGGUCAAGGGCAGCCCAAGUGCCCAAUUUCUCUCUCUCUUCACAAAGCACCGCCAGCUAUAGAGAUGAGAAAUUCUGAAGAGCAGCCAAGUGGAGGAACUACGGUAUUGCAACGUCUGCUUCAAGAGCAGCUUCGCUAUGGCAAUCCCAGUGAGAAUCGUAACCUGCUUGCCAUACACCAGCAAGCCACAGGGAAUGGCCCUCCGUUCUCCACUGGCAGUGGGAACCCAGGCCCUCAGAGCGAUGUGUUGAGUCCCCAGGAUCAUCACCAGCAGCUCGUGGCACACCCAGCCCGACAAGAACCCCAGGGCCAGGAAAUCCAGUCAGAAAACGCCAUCAUGGAGAAGCAGCUGUCCCCUCGAAUGCAGAAUAAUGAGGAACUCCCAACCUAUGAAGAAGCCAAGGUCCAGUCUCAAUACUUCAGGGGCCAACAGCAUGCUAGUGUUGGGGCUGCCUUCUAUGUCACUGGAGUCACUAACCAGAAGAUGAGAACCGAGGGACGCCCAUCAGUUCAGCGACUCAAUCCUGGCAAGAUGCACCAAGAUGAAGGACUUAGAGACCUUAAGCAAGGGCAUGUCCGAUCUCUGAGUGAAAGACUAAUGCAGAUGUCACUGGCAACCAGUGGAGUUAAAGCCCAUCCACCUGUUACCAGUGCUCCCCUCUCCCCCCAACAACCCAAUGACCUCUACAAGAAUCCCACCAGUUCCAGUGAAUUCUACAAGGCUCAAGGGCCACCUCCUGGCCAACAUAGUCUGAAGGGCAUGGAACACCGAGGCCCCCCACCGGAAUAUCCUUUCAAGGGCAUGCCAUCCCAGUCUGUAGUGUGCAAGUCCCAAGAGUCAGGGGGCCACUUCUAUAGUGAGCAUCGCCUGAACCAGCCAGGGAGAACAGAGGGGCAACUGAUGAGAUAUCAGCACCCCCCUGAGUAUGGGGCAGCCAGGGCAACACAGGACAUCUCACUGUCUUUGUCAGCAAGGAAUUCUCAGCCUCAUAGCCCGACAUCUUCCUCGACAUCUGGGAGUUCCUUGCUGCAGUCUCCACCAUCUACCAGAUUGUCUCCUGCUCAACACGCCUUGGUCUCAAACCAGGGUGACCAUUCUACUCACCUGCCAAGGCAGCAGCAGCAUUUUCUUCCUAAUCAGAGUCACCAGGGAGACCACUACCGUCUCUCGCAGCCCUCCUUGCCUCCUCCAACAGCACAGCAGCAGCCAGGAGACGCCUACUCGGCUAUGCCUCGGGCUCAGCAGUCUGCUUCUUAUCAGCCCAUGCCAGCUGAUCCUUUUGCCAUCGUCUCUAGAGCCCAGCAGAUGGUUGAGAUCCUCUCUGAUGAGAAUCGGAACUUGAGGCAGGAGUUGGAUGCAUGCUAUGAGAAGGUGGCAAGACUGCAGAAGGUGGAGACAGAAAUCCAGCGGGUCUCAGAGGCUUAUGAGAAUUUGGUGAAGUCAUCUUCCAAAAGAGAAUCUCUGGAGAAAGCCAUGAGAAACAAGCUGGAGGGUGAGAUUAGAAGGAUGCAUGACUUCAACAGAGAUCUGAGAGAACGUCUAGAGACUGCCAACAAGCAACUGGCAGAAAAGGAGUACGAGGGGUCAGAGGACACCAGGAAAACCAUCUCUCAGCUCUUUGCCAAAAAUAAAGAAAGCCAGCGGGAGAAGGAGAAGCUGGAAGCUGAGCUGGCUACUGCCCGUUCUACCAGUGAAGACCAAAGGCGACACAUUGAAAUUCGAGACCAGGCACUGAGCAAUGCCCAGGCCAAGGUGGUGAAGCUGGAAGAAGAGCUGAAGAAGAAGCAAGUGUAUGUCGAUAAGGUAGAGAAAAUGCAGCAGGCCCUAGUGCAGCUCCAGGCAGCCUGUGAGAAACGCGAACAGCUGGAGCAUCGACUCCGGACACGUUUGGAGAGGGAACUGGAAUCCCUUAGAAUCCAGCAGCGCCAGGGCAACUCUCAGCCCACCAGUGCUUCAGAAUACAAUGCCGCCGCACUGAUGGAGCUCCUUCGGGAAAAGGAGGAGAGAAUUCUUGCCCUGGAAGCAGAUAUGACCAAGUGGGAACAGAAGUAUUUGGAAGAGAAUGUGAUGAGACAUUUUGCUCUGGAUGCUGCUGCAACUGUGGCUGCACAGCGAGACACAACUGUCAUUAGCCACUCUCCUAACACCAGCUAUGACACAGCCUUAGAGGCCCGCAUCCAGAAGGAAGAGGAAGAAAUCCUGAUGGCCAACAAGCGCUGCUUGGACAUGGAGGGAAGGAUUAAGACCCUCCAUGCCCAGAUUAUUGAAAAGGAUGCCAUGAUCAAAGUGCUGCAGCAGCGCUCCAGAAAGGAGCCAAGUAAGACAGAGCAGCUGUCAUCCAUGAGGCCAGCGAAGUCUCUGAUGUCCAUUUCCAAUGCUGGAUCGGGCUUGCUUGCCCACUCAUCUACCCUGACUGGUACCCCCAUCAUGGAGGAGAAGCGAGAUGACAAAAGCUGGAAGGGGAGCCUAGGCAUUCUUCUGGGUGGAGACUAUCGCGCUGAGUCUGUCCCAUCCACUCCUUCGCCGGUGCCACCAUCUACUCCCCUGCUCUCGGCUCACUCAAAAACAGGCAGUCGAGACUGCAGCACCCAAACCGAACGGGGAUCGGAAUCAUCCAAAACCGCAGCUGUCCCUCCCAUCUCUGCCCCAGGGGCUGUUCCAGUUGCUGCUGCUGCCACUGCUGCUGCCAUCACUGCAACUGCUGCCACCAACACUGCCACAGCUGCCACCAACACCAAUAUCAUGGUAGCUGCUGCUCCAGUUGCUGUUGCUGCCGCUGCUGCUCCAGCUGCUGUUGCCGCUGCUGCCCCGUCUCCGGCAAAUGCUGCUGCUCUUGCUGCUGUCUCUCCGGCUGCUGCUCUCUCUCCAGCUGCUGCUGUCUCUCCAGCUGCUGCUGUUCAGAUUCCAGCUGCUUCAUCUCUUACUUCUGCUACUGUUCCUCCCACUCCUGCUGCUGCUGCUGCUGCUGCUGCUGCUGCUACUGCUGUUCAGGUUGCUCCAGCUGCUUCGGCUCCGGUUCCAGCUCCCGCUCCGAUUCCGGCUCCAGCAACGGCUCAGGCUUCUGCUCCGACUCCGACUCAGGCAUCAACUCCAGCUCCGACUGCAUCUCCUACUCCAGCUCCGACUCCAACUCCAGCUUUGGUUCAGGCUGAGGGUCCUGCAAGUUCUGGACCACGGCGUUUGUCCACACCAAAUCUGAUGUGCAGCCCAGACAAGCCAGAUGGUCCUGCUUUCCACUCCAGUACUCUGGAAAGAAAAGCACCCAUUCAGAUCCUGGGUCAAGAGCCUGAUGCAGAGAUGGUGGAAUAUCUCAUCUAAAUGGCAUAAUCAAGAGCUGAAGUUAUCAGCAAGAGUUCUUUUAACCACUUUUCCCCUUUCGUUUGUCUAAUCUGGGGUGAUGAUGGGGUUGGGAGGUGGGGGUGAUUUUUUAAAGGGACUUUUUAUUGGACUCUUGUAGUACUUAAUACCAUGAGAAUUCCAGUCUAUUUUUGGAAUACGUAGGGAGUACCUCAAAAUGAUAGGUUAAGCCGAAUAUGCUCUAAAGCUUAUUGGUGGGAUUGUUACGAUAAUGGACUAUUAACAGGUAGUGAUGCCCAUUGAUUUAAAAUGUUUCCAUUUGUCUCUCGAGUGCCCAAUUUGAGGUCAUUUUUCAUUGAAGAAUACAGUAUGUGUGGAAGGCAGUUUGGAACAUGUCGUUCAGAAGUGGAAAUCCAGAGAGAGUUUGAGGCCUUGCGGCUUUGUCUAACUACAUCCCAGUCAACAGCCACAGAAAGUUCUCACUUUGAGCUGGGAAAAGACAAUGUUUUUUAGGAGCUUUGAAAGCUGGAGAAAAGGAAGAGAGUAUUGGGAUUAAGAAGGGUGCUGGAGCCAAUUUUCUCUCCCGGUUGCCAGUUACCCUGCCCCCUCAUAUUGAUGGUGUUUAUCUCCAUUUCAGUGGUGCUUUGGAAGUGGAUUCUUUUGGUUCCCUCCUGGAGGUUCAUACAUUCAUAUAUAUCCUCUGGAAUAAUUUAUGCAUUUGGAUAAUUAAUAUAUUGCUUUCCGAUGGUAGGAAUGUAAAUGAACAGAGCAGUGCGUGACUUCCUCUCUUAGGGAGCUAGUUGUUAGAAGCCUUGAUGGGGGCUUCAUGAGAUGCUGCAUGCCAACUUCAGUGGUCGGGGAAUAGUCGUGAAUAUGGCUCAGUCACCUUGAAUGAGACCAGUUGACUGACUUAGCCUUUAUUUCUUCCACAACACAGAUUCACUGGCUGACUCGCCGGUCUUUGUUUGCCAAUAAUUUGCAAAACGAGGAAACAUCUUUUAUUUGACAGGUUGAAUGUGUUGAAUUUCAGCCUAAUACUUGGGAAAUAUUUCAUUUUUGUUUCCCCAAAUUCUUAGCAUGUGCCUUCAAGGCAUAUGCAACUGUCACCUCCAUGAAAAUAACACAAGAAGUCCAAAGUACCGGGCUGCAGUCAGGAGAGAGGUUGAUUGCAGCAAUCUCCUCAACUACCUCUUCUUACUGUCAGUGACUCUAUCUUGGACUCCCCUUGGGAAGUAGCUGGGAAUGUAUACGUGGAUACAUGGGAGGGACCGAACAGGGAGCCUUGACACAGGGCUGCCUCUAAGGACACAGAGGCUGCCAGCUGUCACGGGUCCUUGUCUUUAGUCUCUGCCCUUCAUUGAGGUAAUAGAACUGCAGAUAGUAUCACUAAGAUCAGUUUUCAGGGGUAUAGGGAGGGUAAGGGGAGGGGGACUAUUAGGUAAAGGGGAGUAGGGUUUAGUGAUAGGUUAAGUUAGAGAUCAGAUUGAUAGAAGGGUAGCCUGUAUAUUAUGUCAUGGGCUUUAGUGAUGGGAAGGAAGUUUAUCUAGCAGUGUAUCUCUGCCUUCUAACUUUAGUGAUGAGGAAACUGAGACUUGGAAAAGUUUUGUGACUUUUUCAAGAUCACACAGCACAUCUGUCUCUUCUGACAAUUACAUGCCCAUUUUGGGGAAAAUGGGUAUCUAUAAAGAAGAGCCCAUUUUGAAGAAAAGGCAUCUUCCUAGUCUAGGGUAUGCCUACUUUAUGAAAAUCUUCUUGAUUUAACUAGAUUGUUUGUGGUUCUGAAUUUUUGUCUUGUCUCUGCUGGAGUGCCUUGUAUGGAAUUGUUCUUUUCCUCAUGCCACUUAAUCAUUGAGCUAUAUGAAAUGCACCCCUAAGAAAUCAGCUCAACUGUUUUCACUAUAAAACUGGUGUCUUGGGUCAUUUUAUGUAUUCCUCUGUGAGCAUAAGAGUGCUAUAUUUACCUGUAUUCUUGUGUAGUUCCUAAUUACCUUCCAAAGGAUUUAUUUGUGUGUGUGUGUGUGUAGAUGAGGGAAGGCAAUACAACAACUUUUAACUAGUUGUUCACAUUAUUAAUAUCAAAAUGAUCAUCCAAUAGAUUGGUCCUCAGUUAAAUAGUAAAUGUCAAAUGGAAAUUUGAAAGUGCAGUCAUGGUAAUAAUGCUUAUUCACACCGUUUUUUGUUGGAAGGAAACAAACCUUCAGACAGUAGAAGAAUCAGGCAGUAAGCACCAGGAGAGCAAAGGAAUGAAAAUAAAAGAAAAAUUUUAUGUCCUCUCCUGAUGAUAGUACAUUGCUAGAAUUUGGGUUGACUCUGGGAGCCGUGAUCUGUAAAGUGAGAGAUGUGAUACAUUCCUCACUGUGUGGCAACCAUCUCUUUAGAAUCGUGUGUUUGGGAAAAUAAGGAAGUCCUUGCUGAAGUUCUAUUUUGAACUUUUCAGAACCUCUGGCCUGCCACACUAGAGAUAGUCAUUCUGUUCAAUUUUCAGUCCCAGGCAAUUUGCUACAAGGACACUGUACAUCUAAGGAUGGAUGAAGACUAUGUUGGUACAGUCUGUUUAUAGACCAUACAGUCUACCUUUGAGAACAUUUCUACUAGACAUCAGUUUUAAAAUUCAGUUAUGGGAUGACUCUCAAUGUAACCAUCUCUUCACUGAUGUGUGGAUGUAACAUUUGGAGCCUCUUCCUGGCCUUCCUUCUGUCUGUAGUAAAAUGUAAGCCUUUUACUGGCACCCCAGAAGAUGAGGGAGACAUUUGUUGUCUUAACUUUUACUGUCUCGUGGUUUAUGAGGAUCUUAUAAUUCAUUUGUUGCUGGCAAUGUCCCAUGUCCAGCAACAUUUCAUUUGAUUGAACUAUACUUGAUACAAAACUGUUAACAUUGUUGGGAAAGUAAAGUCAGCUUGAACUUUCCCUGAAAGUCAUGUAUUGUGACUGUUGUCUUAAUGAAGGUUUUCAUUUCAGUGUUGCUUUUCAGCUGCAGGGUAAAGGGGUAGUAGAAACUUGAAGCAUCUGCCAUAUCUGUGACAGGAAAUAGAGCAAGAUACCUGUCGUGUUCUCCUUUUACUUUUGCACUGUUGAAUGGGUCUAACAAACUGGUUCCUAAGCUACUCUUUAUGAAUAAUCUAAAUAAUGUGGCAGCUUAAAAUAUAGAUGUGUGUGCUAACUUUAAUCAAUGCUCCUGUCUGCUAGCCAUACAAUCUGUCAUCGUAAAUGCCCAUUCAUACAUGGAAUAUGUUACUUAAAAUGUUUUCCUUCUUCUGAAAAUGUUUGCAAAGGGAGGUAUUGACUGUGGGUUCAUUGUUACCAAUUUCUGCCUGCCACAACCUUUAGAAAUUCUUCUUCCAAGUGCCACCACUGACAGUAGGACAAGGAUUGGAAGCAUGUACAUUUUCUUCUGGUAGCAAGGGUGGGUUACAAGGAGCUUUCAAAUCUCCUUCUGACCACCUUUGUUAUUUAAAAAAAAAUGCCUAGUUGGGGUUGGCAGAUGGUUCGAGAAUUACUUUUGGUUUAAUAUACGUGCUCUUAUAGUGGUUGUGAUCCUCUUCUGUAAUCAAAAGAGCCAGAUCAAAUAAAGUUAAGCAGGUUAAAUCCACUUUGUGCCUAUCUUUUCACUGACAAUAAAGUUAGCUGUUUGAAAAUGCA